CAUUUCCUCUGAGCUCACACACUGAGAGCCCGCUCUCCUGUUUCACACAGUGCUCACUUGCAACAAAAGCGGGGAUUUUCAAACAUCCUGAAUGAGAGGAAUCCUCUUGCCCUCAGCACACGCCGCAUCUACAAAGAAACUUCACAGGGUGAACUUCCCCUUUCACAACAGUUUAUGCUUGAGGGGACGGAAAGAACAUCAGCUUGGUCUUGUUUUCAGCAUCUGGGCGAGUGGUUCAGCAUGGGCUAGCCCCAACUUUUGCCGUAGAGCUGGAGUGGACUGGAAGAGAACAAGAAGGAGGAGGAUGAGCGUUUAUACUCUCAACCUCAGGUUGUUCUGGCCGCUGGUCACUUGCAUUCUCACUGCUCUCCUGCUGUUGCACCAGUACAUCUUCAGAGGGUCCGAGGACCAAGGGAAUGACUGCGCUGACCAGGGACCUGGAGCUGUCACGCUCUUCAAGUACAUCCUAGCUUUUAUCUUAUUUUACUUCUUCAUAAAGUACUGCUCAACUCAACCUGGCACUGCUAGGAGGGGUUUCCACAAAGUCCCGGAGGUACACGGAAAAUCAGGAGUCUCCAAGAGAGAACUACUAGACGAUCACUACGAGAGGCAUGUGCGUCUUUCUCCACAUGUGCUGGGCCACAGCAAAGCCCAUGUUGCCAAGCUGGUGAGUGAACUUGUCAGGGUGGGUCGCACCGAUGUCCCGCCGGAGUCUUCUCUGGCCUUCCGGGGUGACUUCAUCCAGAUCGGCAGCUCCUAUGAGGAGCACAAGGUGGGCUCACCUGACUGCUUUGACAUCAUCCUGCCUCUGAGGGCACCUCGUGGGCUAAAAAUGGAAGCCGGUGUUUGCACUGACAAACCUGGAGGGCCACCGCUUUGCACGCUAAACACACCUCGCAAAGCGGAAUGGACACGCCGUCACAAGGCCUUCAUGGACACGUUCAUGCACUUGCACAAUGCUCAAAGUAUCUAUAGGAUGAGCCCAGAUUCCGUCCAGCGCUGGUUUUACACAGCUACCCAGCGCCGCCUCGCUGCCGUCCGUUACCCGUUUGAGCAGCGCUGUUCCCUUAGCCUGUCCUUUAGUGAGGAGCAGCAGGUGCUCCUCCGUCUGACCCCCCGCUCCGAUUACGUCUGCUGCCACAUCUCCAUGGGCAUUCGCCUGAUCCCAGCCUUUCCUCUUGGUGAUGGCGCCUUCUUGGUAGCAUCCCAGCAGGGUCAGCAAGGAGAAGACCUUUGGACAGUGUACUUUCCCAGACAGGAGCAGAGACUGCUGGCGUGGCUAAAAGGUAGACUACCCCCCAACUCGUGUCAUCUGAAGUGCCUUCAGCUCCUUAAAGAGGUACGUAACCUCAGUGGGGAGACUCUGGACCAGCAGUCUGGAGCUGAAUGGGGAGGAGUGCUUUCAUCCUAUGCUUUGAAGACGGCUUGGCUUCAUCUACUGCUCAGUACACCCCCUGAAACCUGGGAUGAGUGCAACCUUGUGGACCGGUUGGAUGAUCUUCUUCGCAGUCUAAGGGAGAGCUUACAGUCUCGGGCUCUCUGCCAUAUACUCCUCGGAGGCGUUAGUGGGUUUCUGCCAGACUCUAUCGUUCUGCCCAAACUCGUAAAGGAGACGGUACCCUCCAACCUGUGGGCAGAAUUCAGUGACGUCACCCUCGAUAUGGUCUCCGCCCGACUAGCCUACUCCUGGAACCACCUCCCUCGCCUAAUUCGCCUCGGGCGACCACAGAGGACCAGUCUUGGCAGAGGUGUCCGCUGCAAAUAUAUUGAUGCAGAGUAAAGGUCAACUAUAGCUGGUAUUGCUGAACACAAACAGAUGUUGAUUACAGAUGCUGUUUAUGUUCUCGGAAAAUUUAUGUCAGAUUAAAUUGGGGUUUUUUCCCCCAAAGGUAGCAGUCAAAGACAAGAAUGUAAAUAGUAGCGUUCAGUAGGUACAGCGAUAUUUUUAUCAAAUCAGUCUUUGCUCUGUACAAAUAAGUAUUGUACUGUAAUUGUAGGACGUUCUUUGAAAAGCAAGGUCAUUAGAAUUUCAGUUUGUGUUUAUUUUCUUCUCAUGCAAAUUUAUUUAGUAUUUCUAGAGAAAAAUUCUGAUAUGUUAAAAUUUGCUGUUUGAAAGAACAGUAACCAUUUUAUAUAUUUAGUUCACUCCAGGUGUUAGUUUGGAGAUAAAACUCACGCAUCUUAGCUGCUAGACUUGUGUUGACUCAGGGUGACCAUGAUGUCUCGGUUAUGGGGUAGUGAGUUGUCAAAACAGCAUAAACACCAAAGUUUUUCCACACCCACAAAGUAUUAGUAAUGCCAGCCUAAACAGAUGAACAUCUUGUUUUGAAGGGGAGAACUGCAGUGUGACCACUGUAAAAAUAUCUUCUGCUGUGACAUUUUGAUCAAACAAUGUAAAAUGUAUAGCCUGAUCAUUGCAAAAAACCUGAC